AUUUUCCAUAGACUUCAGUCACCUCUAAAACAAACAAAGACUUGAUCUAUCUAUCUGAAGUCUUUCUACCUACCUAGUACCUACCUACCUUCAGUACUUGCAAAACAGACGUACACACGUACUACGGUACCGUACUUUUGGUGAUCUCUUUGUUGUACGUACGUACAUAAACUGAAAAAUGGUAUCUGGAGAAGGAAUUUCCGGAAGAUUAGAAUGGAAAAUCAAUGUAUCUAACGGGACAUCAAAGGUUCUAGAACCCGAAAAAGGACUAGCAGCAAGAUUAUGGCAGAAAUUACACAGUAUGAUCUUUCUGAAGAUAUGGAGGUUAUUUGUUGAGUCAUGGAAAAUAGGUGUGGCUGAUCCAAAGAAGUUUACUCAUUGUCUGAAAGUGGGAUUAGCCCUUUCAGUUGUGUCACUCCUCUAUUAUAUGAGACCUCUAUACGAUGGGAUUGGAAAGAAUGCAAUGUGGGCUAUUAUGACUGUUGUUGUUGUUUGUGAAUAUACAGUAGGAUCGACUAUAUACAAAAGCAUCAACAGAGCUGUUGCAACUAUUGCUGCAGGAUCAGUAGGAGUCGGCGUUCAUUGGAUUGCAAGUCAUUGUGAUAAAGAAUAUCAGCCUGUUGUCCUUGGAGCUUCUGUCUUCAUUUUUGCUUCGACGGCCACCUUCACACGUUUCAUUCCAACAGUAAAGGCUAGAUUUGAUUAUGGAGCCAUGAUUUUCAUCCUGACAUUCAGCCUAGUCUCAAUCUCAGGCUAUCGCGUAGAAGACUUGGUGAUGAUGGCUCACCAGAGGGUAAGCACAAUUGCGAUAGGAGUCUCCCUCUGCAUCCUCAUCAGUAUGCUGCUAUGGCCUGUUUGGGCAGGAGAUCAGCUUCAUAAUCAAACUAUUAGCAACCUCGAAAAGCUUGCAUUUUCCUUGGAAGGUUAUAUAACCGAGUACUUCAGUAAUGAGGAAACUACAAAGAUGCCGGAGGAAAAUUUGAACAAAAAGCUACAAGGAUACAAGUGUGUGCUCAACUCCAAGGCAACAGAAGAUUCUAUGGCAAAUUUUGCAAUAUGGGAGCCAUCACAUGGACGUUUCUACUUUGGCUAUCCAUGGAAACAGUACCUAAAAAUCGGUGCUGCAGCACGCAGCUGCGCUUAUUGCAUUGAUAAUCUCAACAGCUGCAUCGACUCCAAAAUGCAGGCACCUGAGGCGUUGAAGCAACAUAUCACAGAAAACUGCACAGAGUUAAGCUUGUGCUGUUCAGAGGUGUUGAAAGAAUUAGCCACAACCAUCAAGACAAGGAGAAGAUCAUCUAAUAUCGGUUUCUCAGUUGACAAAAUGAUAUUUGCAGUUGAGGACUUUGAAAAUGCUCUUAAAUCACUUCCUCGUGACAUCGUUCUUCAGUUGUCAACAGUUGAAAACUCUGUUGACAACAGGGUUGAGAAAUUAGAGAACCCAAAUCAAGCAACUUUGCUGGAGGUGUUGCCAUUAGGUAUGCUGGCAACUUUGUUGAUGGAAAUUGUAGCGAGAAUUGAACAAGUUGUUCAAGAAGUUGACAAGUUAGCAGACAUGGCAGAGUUCAAAAUCCAGAAAGAAAAGAAACUACAAGAUAUUCAACCAACCCAGAACGACAAUCAAACAAAUAAUCAAGGUCAAGAAACAAUGAAGACUGUUGAAGAGGUCUGAACUUUGGACUUUCAGACAUUACUUCGUGUAGAGAUCGAUCAUCUGAACUGUAUGUGUGUAAAGUGCACCCGAUAUCCUGAUUUAUAAUUUCGACCUCAGAAAAUCCGUUAUACUACCAGCUCAUCUACCGGAAUAUAUACAGAUAUAGAUCUUUCUAGAACUUUUCGUAGCUUGAAUUGGUAUC